UACGGGCCGCCGCCGCCGCCAUGCCCGGGGGCGCGGGCGCCGCCCGGCUCUGCCUGCUCGUGCUCGCUCUGCCGCUGCUCCGGCCGCGGGCGGUGCGGGCGCCGGGAUGGACGAGAAGAGGAAGUGAGGAAGGCAGCCUCCCACUACAGCAUGAACUGAUAAUACCUCAGUGGAAGACUGCAGAAAGCCUCAUGAGAGAAGAGCAUCCACCAAAAGCUGAGCUGAGGGUCAUGGCAGAGGGGAGAGAAUUGAUUCUGGACCUGGAGAAGAAUGAAGAUCUUUUUGCUCCAACCUACACAGAAACCCACUAUACUCCCAGUGGAAGCCCUCGAACCACCAUGCUGAAGUCCAAGGAUCAUUGCUUUUACCAUGGGACAGUGAGGAAAGCGGAAGAGUCCAGUGUCACGCUUAGCACCUGCCGGGGAGUUAGAGGACUGAUAGCGGUGAACAGUAACCUCAGCUACAUCAUCGAGCCCCUCCCUGACAGCAAGGGCCAACACCUUAUUUAUAGAUCUGAACAUCUCAAGCUACCCCCAGGGAACUGUGGUUUCCAGCACUCUAUGCCAACCUCCAGAGACUGGGUCCUUCAGUUUACAAACCAGAACAAGAAGCGACCACGCAGGAUGAAAAGGGAAGAUUUACACUCCAUGAAGUAUGUGGAACUUUAUCUCGUGGCUGAUUAUGCAGAGUUUCAGAAGAAUCGACGAGACCAGGAAGCCACCAAACACAAGCUCAUGGAGAUCGCCAAUUAUGCUGAUAAGUUCUACCGAUCCUUGAACAUCCGGAUUGCCCUCGUGGGCUUGGAAGUGUGGACUCAUGGGAAUUUGUGUGAAGUUUCAGAGAAUCCGUAUUCUACCCUCUGGUCAUUUCUUAGCUGGAGGCGCAAGCUACUCACCCAGAAGAACCAUGACAACGCACAGUUAAUCACGGGUAUGUCCUUCCACGGCACCACCAUUGGCCUGGCCCCCCUCAUGGCCAUGUGCUCCGUGUACCAGUCUGGAGGUGUGAACAUGGACCACUCCGAGAAUGCCAUUGGUGUGGCUGCCACCAUGGCCCAUGAAAUGGGCCACAACUUCGGCAUGAGCCACGAUUCUGCAGACUGCUGCUCGGCCAGCGCGGCUGACGGUGGGUGCAUCAUGGCUGCGGCCACCGGACACCCCUUUCCCAGAGUGUUCAAUGGAUGCAACAGGAAGGAGUUGGACAGGUAUCUGCAGUCAGGUGGUGGGAUGUGUCUCUCCAACAUGCCGGACACCAGGAUGCUGUAUGGAGGCCGGAGGUGUGGGAAUGGAUACCUGGAAGAUGGGGAAGAGUGUGACUGUGGGGAGGAAGAGGAAUGUAAUAACCCCUGCUGCAAUGCUUCCAAUUGUACCCUGCGGGAAGGGGCUGAGUGCGCCCAUGGCUCUUGCUGUCACCGGUGUAAGCUGCUGGCCCCCGGCACCAUGUGUCGUGAGCAGGCACGACAGUGUGAUCUCCCGGAGUUCUGCACGGGCAAGUCUCCACACUGUCCCACCAACUUCUACCAGAUGGAUGGCACACCCUGUGAGGGAGGCCAGGCCUACUGCUACAACGGCAUGUGCCUCACCUACCAGGAGCAGUGCCAGCAGCUGUGGGGCCCUGGAGCCCAGCCUGCCCCUGAUCUCUGCUUCGAGAAGGUGAAUGUGGCAGGAGACACCUUUGGAAACUGUGGGAAGGACAUGAAUGGUGAACACAAGAAGUGUAACAUGAGAGAUGCCAAGUGUGGGAAGAUCCAGUGUCAGAGUUCUGAGGCCCGGCCCCUGGAGUCCAAUGCAGUGCCAAUUGACACCACCAUCAUCAUGAAUGGGAGGCAGAUCCGAUGCCGGGGCACUCACGUCUACCGAGGUCCUGAAGAGGAGGGUGAUAUGCUAGACCCAGGCCUGGUGAUGACUGGGACCAAGUGUGGCUAUAACCAUAUUUGCUUCGAGGGCCAGUGCAGGAACACCUCCUUCUUUGAAACCGAAGGCUGCGGGAAGAAGUGCAAUGGCCAUGGGGUCUGCAACAACAACCAGAACUGCCACUGCUUCCAGGGCUGGGCCCCACCCUUCUGCAUGACGUCAGGCCCGGGGGGCAGCAUCGACAGUGGGCCCAUGCCCCCUGAGAGUCUUGGUCCAGUGGUAGCUGGAGUGGUGGCAGCCAUCUUCAUGCUGAUGGUCCUGUUGCUGAUGUACUACUACUGUAAACAGAACAACAAGCUGGGCCAACUCAAGCCCUCAGCCCUCCCGUCCAAGCUGAGGCAACACUUCAGUUGUCCCUUCAGGAUGUCUCAGAGCAGUGGAACUGGCCAUGCCAACCCAACUUUCAAGUUACAGACGCCCCAGAGUAAGAGAAAGAUGACCAACACACCCGAAAUCCCUCGGAAGCCCUCCCAGCCUCCUCCCCGGCCCCCUCCAGACUACCUGCACAAUGGGUCUCCAUCAGCAUCAUUGCCAGCGCUCCUCAGCAGGGCCGUUAGGAAUGCCCCAGGGCCUAGGUCUGAAGUGGAAAGAAAGGAGUCAUCCAGGAGGCCUCCCCCAAGCCGACCAGCACCCCCUGCACCAAAUUAUGUCCUCACCCAGGAUUUCUCCAGGCCUCGGCCUCCCCAAAAGGCACUGCCAGCUAACCCAGUGCCAGGCCGCAAGACCCUCCCACGGCAAGGCGGCGCCCCCACACUGCUGCCCUCUGCUGCUGGCCCUCAGCAGUCCCGGCCGCUGGCAGCACCUGCCCCAAAGUUUCCUGAAUACAGAUCACAGAGGGCCGGGGGAAUGACUAGCUCAAAAACCUAGGCCUGGUUAAGGCUCUCCCUUUCCUUGAAGACUCCGGACAUCCCAGUGGCCAUGGAAUCUGGAAGAAGCAUGUCUGGCCACCCCUGAGCUCCUCCUCCCUUCUCCCGGAACUGCCAAAUCUCUGAAAAUCUCCUUCUGGACUCAGCCCCCCUCAGCUUCCUCAAAGACCCAGAGGGGCAACCAUCAAUGGAAUCUAGGUGUUGUUUUGUGCAAUAUACAGUCGGGGGUAUGGAGGGGAGAGCACAGGGGCGGGGGAAUAACAGCAUCUCCCUCCAGCCUCCCUUCUACAGGUCCCUGAGCCCAGAGGUGGCAAUGGGGAUGGCCGGGGGUGUCUGAGCCGGCCAGCCCAGCUAGGAAAAGUCCUGUUCAGCCCCUCUGGGCAGGACUUAGCUUGGAGAAGCCAUGUCCCAUGGGGGAACGUACUCAUGAGAGCGCUCCAUUGCCUCUGUCUUCCUGAAAGUCUCAGGCUGGAUGGAGGCUAAGCACUUGCCCAUCCUUUUUAAAAAUUUUUUUAGGCACUGGGAAUUGAGGAGGGGUCAAACCAGCCACUGCUGGGGCCCUGCCCAGGUCUUGGUUGAGUGAUCUGAGGUGACAGCUCCUGGCUGCGUGGCUGCAUGUGAAUAAGUCAGGUCCCUGCCCCCCACCUCACCCUGUACCUCCGCUGUUAUCCACGGGUCACCUUGACUCACACAGGUACUAUUUGUAGGCAGUGCAGACAGCAGGGGGAGCACCAGGCUUGGGCCUCCUCUGAGCCGUAAUGCCAAAGGUUGUAACUCUGUAAUUCUUGAUUGCUCUAUGUUUUCACUUCUGCCCUUCCCAAGUGCUCCAUGCUUUUGAUUUCUCCUUGGCCCGUCAGACCUGCUCUGACGUGUGGUGCUUUGGUGAGUGGAUCCUCAGCUGUCCCAACUUUCUGGUGACCUGGUGCUGGUGACCUAAGAGUUAGGGUCCUGCCACAAGGGUUAGCCACUUGGACGUCCUGCAUCGGAUCCCAAGAUUGUUUACCAGACUAAACUUGGAGCAUGACCUUGGGGUUUAAAGCUUUGUUUUCCAUUGUGUCUUGAGACCUCAGCAGGGUUAGGGUAUUUCUCUCUACUUCCUGACAUAAACCUAGGCAGAGCCCACCAAAGAAGAUAACAGGUGUCAUGAAGGGAGCAGACAUCCUAGGAACCCCAGCUAUAAGAAGUCUCCCUAGUGGUCUGGUCACUGACUUGAGGAGAGACCAUUGCCCUCUGAGCAGAGAACAGACCUGCCUCUAGCCAUGGGGUGGGGGCGGGAUCCUAGGAAAAGGCAGCAGCCUUUUAGAACAGAGUCUAAGCUGGGGCUCCUGCCUGUCCCCUCCCCCGGGGCAUUUUACCUUCCACUUCCUUUUGUUCUCCCCUUCUGUUCACUGUUUAUUGACCCUCACACUUCUGAGCAGAUGGGGAAUGUACUCCAGUGGAUGCCAUACUCCUUGGAGCAGGGAAGGAGGUCUGUGUGGGCUGUAGGUGCUCUGCUACGUAGGACAAUUUCCACAAAAUAGCUGGAGACAUUUUCUGGGUGACUGUCUCCUGCCCUCAGACAGGUGCUGGGUGGUCCUCCAGAGGGGAGCUGGCCUGACUUUCAUUCCUUCCGAGGGUUUCCAGGGGCCUCCUCACCUCCUGCAGGAAGUUGUUUGCUCUCAGGAACUUCAACACAGGGAAGAAAUGGAGCUUUAGCCUCCCCAGCCACCACCCCAGGGCCUCUUUACAGUUCUCUGCACACAACAGGUGCUUAAUAGAUGCUCUUGGUUUCCUAGACAAGUGGGAGAUACGGGAUGUGCACCUGGGGACAAACAUAGGGUAGCUUUAGAAAGAUCUCAGGACAAUGAGUUUCUCUGGUGACAUUCGUGCCCCUCUCUGCUCCCCAUACCCAACCUCCACCUUCCUUGCUGCCUGAUGAAGUCAAACGACAGCCUUCCAUUUAAACUGCUACCCCAGAUGCCUCAAGGCUGGGUCCCAGAGAAGUAGUGGUAAAAACACCCGUGUCCCCCACCGCUGCCCCCCACAAAAAAAAUCACCCUUAAGCCCAUCCCCCAAGUGUUCCUGUGGUUUGUGUGGCUUUCUCCCUCACCUCAGGAGCUAGUGGCUCUGCAGUGAACAUGGAGCCACAGCCAUGUGGCUGCAGAGCCUUUUGAACCUGAAGUCCACUCUCCCCAGAACCACACAGAGAAGAGAUCAGGGUUGGCUUUUUAUUGUUGUUUUCACGUUAUUUUAACACCCCUCCAUCCCAUAAAAUUGUACUGUGAACUGGAAGAUGGUCGAAUUUUUUGAAUUUGCUAGAGACUUUUGGCAGCCCAGCUCUACUUACUGUUUCACCCCUGGCUUUGCUUAGGGAGCUGGGAAUCAACAUUUCCGAGGACCAGGGAGGCUUCGUGGGAGGAACACCGGCAGUUACAGUCCUCUUUCCCCUCCUCUGCCACUGUGCUGCAUUGAGGUGUCCAAUCAAACAUUCAGACGUGAUGAAGGGGAGACUUUAUCCAAAAGGAUUAUUGCAUGGAGGGGAAAGAGAAUAUUGCAGUAGGGCAAGGGGGACUAUUGAAAUAGGGAGACCGCUCAGAUGACAAGAUCUGACAGCUUCUCAAAGCUCAUGCAGAAAGGGGCUUUUCUUUUAUCGGCAGGUAAACAAGGCCAGGAAUAACUGGAUUCAGGAAAUGUGUUUCUCGUGCUCAGCCUUUUUUGGGAGGGGUCUUUGAGGGUCUGUUAGAAAUCAGCCAUUGAAAACUCUAUGGAGCACAGUUCUACUCUGACACACAUGGGGUUGCUGUAAGUUGGAACUGACUCUGUGCAACUGUUUUUGGUUUUGGUUUGCUGGCUCAGGCUGAGGGUGGGUGGAAGUGCAGGGUCCUGUGGGGAGGAAGGAAGCUUAACUAAAGUUAACUCAAGUUCGUUAACAAGCACUUUGCUCUGAGGGAGAGGUUGUAAAUCUUUUUAAAAGCUAAAUAAGCCUCUUGCUAGUUUUACAACCCAAGAAUGUUUUUCUUAAGAGCCUUGGAGCCAUGUCUUUGAAAUGUAAACCUCAAGAGUGAUAGCAUCCUUAUGGUCCUGUUUUAGACUAGGCACCUGGUUCCAAGGCAGAACUACCUGCUUGUCAAAUAAGUUCUUUCUAGUCUUAUUUACUCUUCCAUAUGAAGAAAAACCCGGCACAGGGUUUGGUUUGUUUUGGGUUAUGAAGUAAAAAGGAACCCUGGUGGUACAGUGGUUAAGAGCUAUGGCUACUAACCAAAAGGUUGGCAUUUCGAGCCCACCAGGUGCUCUCUGGAAGCCAUAUGGGGCAGUUCUACUGUCUUAUAGGAUCCCUGUGAGUCAGAAUUGACUCGAGGGCAACUGGUUUUGGUUUAUGAAAGAAAAAGGAACCCUGGUGGUGCAGUGGUUAAGCACUUGGCUGCUAACCAAAAGGUUGGCCAUUUAAACCCCACCCAGUAGUUUGUUGGGAGAAAGACUUGGCAAUCCACUUCUGUAAAGAUUUAAGCCUAGAAAACCCUAUGGGGCAUAUCUACUAUGUCACCUGGGGUCUCCGUGAGUUGAAAAUAAACUCAAUGAUACCCAACAACAUCAAAGCUCUUUUCUGCCCAAGCUAUGAGACACACACAGAUUCAUGGUUAGAGCAUUCUCCCUAUUUUUCAAUCGUUCCUUUCCUCCUAAAAUAGCUCUUUUUCCUCUCUUGCAAUAAUCCUUUUGAAUAAAGUCUCCUUACCUACGUCUGCAUUUGUUUUUGUUUGAUAGAGGGUGUGUCCGACUUGCCUCUUUAAAUCAGAGAGCAGUUCUAAAGUCAAUGAUUGGGUCCAUGUGUAUAGAACAGUUCUGCUGAACACCCAAGAAAGCCGCGAGAGUGCCAACUGGAAGGGUGCCCCCAUUCCUAGGGAAGCCAGCUAAGGAGAGGUUUUGCAGAACCCAAGCUAACUGCCUCCAAAGUAACCCCUUGGCCCACCCUCCCACACUCCCCACUCUGUGUACAUGCGUGUCUGGGAUGGAUCCAGGGCAAUGUGAAUUUUGUUUUUAUCUGGGAGAUUCCUCACAGAAACAUCCUUUUCUCUCUUGUCCACCUAUUAAUUGUUUACAAUGAUA